CUUCGCCAUGGACAUUAGCCUCAAGAACCUGAAUGUGACAACUUGGUUUGGGGUUACGUUUGGACUGUUUGGCGUCGCGUUCUUUCUUCUGGUUGUGAAUAUCCCAGGCUGGGUCAAGCUGGUGAGGAAUAGUGUACAGGGUACGAGAACGGAAGCACGAUACAUCUAAGAAUGGUGAUCAACAUGACUAACACAGGGUUUUGGCGGAACUUUGGUUCUUCAUGUAGGACCUUCGUUAACUUACGCCUAAUAUGGCAUAAUAUACUUAGUUAC